AAGCAUUUCCAACUUUUACUUCUGUUCUACACAUUUUUAGUCUAGUUAUAGAUGAUCUUUGUUGUAUAUAAAAAUUUGACAGCAGACAGCGUUAAAACUUCACUUUUCAUUCAAUUGACAAUUUGGUUGUGAUGUGGUCGUUUUUCGUUGAAAACUGAAAAAUUCUACCAUUUAUUGCAUAGAAAAACUAAAACAUUUAUUGUUUUUGUUCCGAUUAUCACCACACUAGCUGCGUAUAUUAUAAUCCAGUUUAAGAAAAAAUGGUGAUAAAGAUACGAUAAACGGUGAUAAGAUAAUUAAUGUUUCUACUUAAUGUCUGUUCGUUUGUUGUCGAAUUCAAUAUCGUUGUUUUCGAUGACCUGUAUUUAGUUUUUUUUUAAUGUAAAAACAAAAAAAAAGCGAAUAUAAAUACAAAAGAAUAAAAAAAACGGGAAUAAAUUUAUUAAUUAGCUAUGUCGUGGCAACAAUUGAAAGUCGUAAUAUGGAAGAAUUUUAUUAUAAGAAAACGCCAUUGGUUUCUCACUGGCCUUGAGGCUCUUUUACCCAUCACGUUCUACUUCCUCAUAGCCUACGGUAGAAGCAAAAUCACUGGCUUGAGUAAAACAAUCGUUAGUGACCCUACAUACAGUGACAUUGAAGGGAUACGUUAUGACAUAGAUGUUGGGAACACUUAUUUGUUGUAUACACCAAGAAAUGAUUAUAUCGAGGAUAUCAUCAGUAGAAUUCACAUUAAAUUGUCUUUGCCUAGUGACCAAUCCCUAGGGUUUGGCAGCCAAGCAGAUUUGCUGGAAUAUUAUUACAAAAAUCCGAAUUACACGACGGCCGCGAUCAUCUUUGACGACAAAGAUCCCAUAAAGUUGAGCUACAGACUCAGGUAUCACGAACCGAACUAUUAUAACGAAUUUUUGUCAACAGACAGGAAAUAUGGCAACACCUAUAUGUUCGAACCGCGUACAGGCGGCGUUUACCAGGGUAAAGCUUUCCUAUCCAUUCAGCUGGCCUUGGAUUUGUCGUUUAUAGAGCAAAAUUUAAACGUGGACAAACUGAAUGUGGCCGUUUUGACCCAAGAAUUUCCCUAUCCGCCGCACAAACGCGACUCGUAUUUAACCACUUUAUUUUUAGAGUUAUUACCGUUAAUCACUUUAUUUAGUUUCAUAUUUAUAUGUCCAGCUGUGUUGAAGAGGGUGGUAGAAGAGAAACAUUCCGGCACCAAGGAAUUAAUGAAAAUGGUUGGAAUGAAAUCCUGGAUGCUGUGGUUGGGUUGGUUGAUCUACGGUAUUAUACCGAUCUUUAUAGCAGUAAUAUGCAUAGUUUUCUUGAUGAAAAUUCCGUUCUUCGGAACUGAUUACCCUCUGAUUGAACAUUCAGAUGGUGGCAUACUGUUCUGCUUCUUAAUAUUGUAUUGUACCGCAUCUAUUUCAUUUUGCUUCGCUAUUAGUUCAUUCUUCAGCAAACCUACCAUUGCUGUGGUUACUGGAAUCUUAGUUUGGAUACUAACGUAUUUCGUCCCGAAAUAUUCCUUGGGUUUGGAUGAAUCCAAUCAGUUGCCUUGGUUUUCAAACGCUUUAUUGAACCUUUUGCCAAAUAUGGCGCUACAUUAUGGAUAUUCUGCCGUAGCAACUUUCGAGGAACGAGAAAUCGGAGUGAGAUGGAAUAACUUUUACAAAUCCGGUAGUGGUAGUGCUGAUGACAUUACUAUGUUAAAUGUGUAUGUUAUGCUUAUUUUUGAUACAUUUUUAUUCAUACUGUUUACGUUUUAUAUGGACGGUGUUAAUCCCGGUAAAUACGGAGUAAGAAAAUCCUUUCUUUUCCCGUUUAUCGAAUUGAAGAAGCUUUUAGUACGACCGAAUUCGACUGACGUAAAAGUCAGUAGCGAAAUGGAUUUUUUGAAGAACGUAGAAGAGGGACACGGUUUGAAGAAAGGUAUCGAAAUCGUAAAUCUCGGUAGGAGGUACGGUACCAAGAUGGCGGUCGACAAUUUGAAUCUGGAUAUUUACAGGAAUCAAAUUACUGUCUUGUUGGGCCACAACGGUGCCGGGAAAUCGACGACCAUGUCGAUGAUUACAGGAAUGAUCGAGGCAACUUCUGGAUCGAUCAGAAUAAAUAAUAUGGAUAUAAGAUGCAACAUGGAUGAAAUCCGUCAAAGUUUAGGACUUUGCCCGCAACACAACUUACUUUUUACUGAUCUGACUGUUAAAGAGCAUCUUAUAUUUUUCGCCAAGUUGAAAGGAAAGACAGCUUGUGAGGCGGACAAAGAAUCUGACGAUUUAUUGGAAAAAAUGAACCUGGCAGACAAAAAAGAUUCAAUGGCGAACACGCUGUCAGGAGGAAUGCAGAGGAAGUUGUGUUUAGGAAUGGCGCUUGUGGGCGGAUCCAAAGUCCUUAUUCUGGACGAACCGUCAUCUGGUAUGGAUCCAGAAUCCAGACGGAGUCUUUGGGAUAUACUGCUAAAAUGGAGGGGCGAAAAAACUAUAUUAAUUACCACGCAUUUUAUGGAAGAAGCGGACGCGCUCGGAGAUUGGAUAGCCAUCAUGGCGAACGGAGCAUUGCAGUGUUACGGGACUCCGAUGUAUUUAAAAAAGAAAUACGAGACUGGCUAUCAUUUGUCGUUGAUGAUUAACGAUUCAGGAGACAGAACAGAAACCAUGCAGAAAAUAAAUUCAGAAGUGACCAAAUACAUACCCGAUGCCACGCAAAAAUCCUUCGACGGCAAUAAUAUCGUUUUCGUUUUACCGCUCAACAUUGCUAAAAAGAUGACUAACUUGUUGGAAUAUUUGGAGAACAACAAAGCCGGCUUAAAAAUCGAGAACAUCUCGGUGACAGUAACAACGUUAGAAGAUGUAUUUUUGAAAACAAGAACAGAGUCUGCGGAUGAGACUGAUACGACAUCUCUCGACACGCAAGCAUUGCUGGAUCUUAAAACGUCAGUUAGUAACGAGGAGGUUCUUAAAGUCAAAACAUUUAUGACUUUGCUGCAAAAGAAAUGGCAAUUUUAUAUGAAGAAAUGGAAGGCUUAUCUCAUUCCUAUUCUCGUAGCUUUGGUAUUCUUCUGUUUGGCUGCCUACAUGAGCAGGCCCGGCGAUAACGCCACCGGUAUGGAACCUGAACUGAAAUUGACGUUGAGUGCUUACCGACAAACGUCGGUGUUUUACAACGGAACACGCGGCAACGAAGCCGCGAACAAUAUGAUGAGGUUCUACAAGAAUCGAACGGUAGCAGAGCGCAGUUUGCCAAUUCACGUAGAAGACGUCGAACAAGCGAUUUUGAAGAAGAGCACAGAGAACAUUGCAUACUACAAGGAACACAUGGUGGUCGGCGCCAGUUUUAUUUCUGAUAACACCUUCGUUGCCUUAUAUAACGCGAUGGCUUUACACAGCUUACCGAUAUCUAUCAAUAUGAUUACGGAUUCGUUGGCGAAAACGUUGCUAGGUCCUGAUGCUUCGAUAUCGAUCACCAAUUGGCCGUUACCCUCACUCAAGGAAAACGUUUCGCGGCAGGAAUUGUCGGAAGCCAAGGUCGCCAUUUUGUGGCUCAUUAUGAUACCGAUUGGUUGUUUGUUUAUACAUGGAAGUUUCAUAAUAUUCCCGUUUGCCGAGAUAUCUACCAAGUUUGUCAGGAUGCAGUACAUGUGCGGCGUGAAACCGAUCACCUACUGGGUCGUUACGUUCGCGGCCGAUUUUAUAUUCUACGCCAUUUUGAUGGGUGCGAUGACUUUGUUCUUGUGGGGAAUAUUGCCUUUCAAGUAUACCCCCGUAGGAUUCGGCAAGCUAUUUCUGAUAUUCAUCCUGUAUGGAUGCGCUGGGAUACCGUUUGCGUAUCUGUUUAGUCGCAAAAAAACAGUGUCGAGUGCUUUCUCGCUAUUCAUCAUCAUGGGCUUGUUUUCGGGAAUCAUUUUAACCAUAAUUAUCAAUAUUUUACUAGAAUCCCAAGACGAUUUCUACAUAAAAAUCGGAACCGGUAUAAAAUGGACAUGCUUCCUCUUCAUACCCCAAGUCGGACUAUCCGACGCACUUGUCAAUUUCGCUAGAAGAUCAGUCGCCAUUUAUAACAACGACGUAAUGCCCAUGAAGUUGGUGGCGAGGUGCGCUGGGUCAGAUCAUGCCUGUUGCGUAGCAAAUUCGCAACUAUGUAACGAUUUUAAAAAUUACGCCGGCGUUUUAGAAGAACACUACCUUAUGUUGUUGUGUUUUGUUUUUUACAUGUCACUAAAUUUGAUACUGGAUACUUAUUUUUUCAUGGAAGUAUGUGCGGGGGUGGGAGGUGUGGUUAAAAUGCUCAGAAGACGUAGGAAUCCAAAAAACAACAACAAAAGCGCUGAUGACAGUUUGGAGGCGAACGGGUUAAAAAAGAGAUACCGCGGAAAAGAUAUUGUUAAAGAUAUAAAUCUUACGUUGAACGGGGGUCAGUGUUUGGGCAUUUUGGGGGUCAACGGUGCUGGGAAGACAACCACCUUCCGCAUGCUGACUAAAGAAGAAGUGUAUGACGGUGGCAAUAUUGAAAUUAAAAUUAAACAUAAGGAUAAGGCUAUCGAUAUAGGGGACCAUGAGUACAUGGAAAGAUUGGGUUAUUGUCCACAGGCCGAUUUCUUAAAUUUUGUACUAACAGGGAGGGAAAUUCUAACCAUGAUAGCCAAACUGAGAGGCGUAAGUGAUGUAGAUGAUGCAGUCGAAAAGUUUCUCAAAAUGUUUGAUUUGACCAAAUACGCGAAUGUACCUUGCGGCCAUUACAGCGGCGGCAACAAGAGAAAAUUGAGCUUAGCGAUUUCUCUGAUAGGAUUCCGGAAGUUCGUCUUGCUAGACGAACCGACUAACGGUGUCGAUCCAUCGUCGCGCAGGAAAUGCUGGGAACUCAUCAAAUUUAUGCAGGACAAGAAAGAUGUGUCGUUCAUAUUGACGUCGCACAGUAUGACCGAAUGCGAAGCGUUAUGUAACUAUUUAAAAGUUAUGAAGGCCGGAAAAUUCGUCACCGAGGGAAGUUUGGCCAAGUUGAAAAGCGAGCACGUAGGAUUUUCGCUGAAAUUGAAAUUGCGUAAUAAAAGCACCGAAGAUGAUGUAGAUCAAGAGGGCGUAGAUGAAAUCGAUGGAAAUUAUACGUCGCAGGACAAAUUUAAUACUGUAGAAGAAAUAAAAGAUCAUUUUACCAAAAAUGGUCGCGGGGAAGUUAGAGAUGAACAUGCGGGUCUUCUGCAUUUAUGGAUCAAGGAACGAGAUAAAUGCUGGAGCAGAAUUUUCAAAGAGGUCGAAAUGAUAAAAGCUAGUAAUCCUGAAUUGAUUGAGGAUUAUGCGAUCAGCGAAGCGACUUUGGAAGAUAUUUUUUUGCAGGUCGCGCGCAGGGAUGAGGAUGACGAGAAAUGAUUAUUUUAUUUGUAAUAUUUACAGAAAAAAUAAUGAUAAUAAUGAUUACGGGGUGAGGUUUCGAUCUGAGAUUGAGUUUACUCCAAGGGUAUGCAGACUUCAUGAUGUAGAUGUCGACAACAUUCCUUGGGUAUUGGCGAUAGAUCUGUAUGUGGAUGAGUCGUCGUUGUUGAGGGUAAACAGGCAUGGGCCCUACAGUUUUACGCCGAAGCAGAACGGCAGAGAGGAUCGCUCUAGGCAAAGGACCCCGAAAUAAUCUUAUGGAAAUUGGGUUUCUGUCAAAUUGUCUGAAUUUUUGAUAUGUUAUAGAUUUUGUCAUCCUGAACAAAAGUCUCCAUGGGCACAAAGUACCAAAAUGAAUAUUUUGGCAGCUACGGAGCUGCCAAAGCUCCCCUGACUCGUUGCAAAACUAUUCAUUUUCAAAGCAUAUUUUAAUUAUUCUAAUAUAUAGGGUAAUGUUUUUGAGGUCACUGGAUUCAAUUCUCAUGUCAGAUUGGACAAAUUGACCGUUGACAGCUGUCAAUUCACUGUCAACGAGGAAUAUAAAAGUAAAUAUCCUCUUUUCACAUUGAGAGUUUGGGUUUUGAGGUCGCUGAAUUCAAUUCUCAUGUCAGAUUGGACAAAUUGACAGUUGACAGCUGUCAAUUCACUGUCAAAGUAGAAUAAAGAAGAAAAUAUUCUCUUUUGUUAUUGAGAGUUUGUCAACUACCAUUUUC